CCUGGUAGUCAUGUUUUACAGAUCACUGAUCGCAGUGGUGGCGCUUGCAGCCAUGGUUUGCUUGGCGGCAGCCGGCGGUGGCUAUGGAGGUGGAAUCGGAAGUGGAUUUUCAGGCAGUGGAUUUAGCCAUGGUGGAAGUGGCGGAUUCGGUGGUGCCACAGGAUUUGGAGGAAGCAGUGGAUUCAGCGGCGGUGGAUUUAGUGGAGGAAGCGGCGGGUAUGGCGGUGGACGAGGUGGAGGCAGCGUCGUCCGCGCGCGCUUGGUCGGCGUUGGCGUUCUUCCUAGCGUCGGCGGCGGCUCGGGCUUCGGCGGCGGUUUCGGCCAUGGUGGAGGACGAGGAUCCUUCGGUGGAGGACAAGGAUCCUUCGGCGGAGGACGAGGAUCCUUCGGUGGAGGACAAGGAUCCUUCGGCGGAGGACGAGGAUCCUUCGGUGGAGGACGAGGAGGUGGCGGAGGAAGCUACGGAUGGUAAUCAUCAUACUCCAAGAACAUUUGGCUUGGAACAUAGAAACAUAUCUGUUUCU